CAAACGCGGUGUGUUGGUGUGUGUCACAACUUCCUUUUCAGCUGCAAACCCCAGAUCAAGAGGCUCAGAAGAACACGAGGAAGGAAACCUCUCGAGCCAUUUUCUCAUCUUUGCCGGACUGCUCAUUUUGACUGACAUGUCAAACCCAGUCAUCACUCAGCCCGGUGCUGGAUCUUAUGGUACAAAUGUGCAGACUGGAGAGUGGAGCACCGGUCUUUGUUCUUGCUGCAGUGACCUAUUUGUCUGUGCUCUUGGCUGUAUCUGUCCGAUAGCUCUCAGCUGUUACACAGCAAACAAGUACGGUGAAAAUGUAUGUCUAGCAUGUGUACCUGGAGGAAUGGCUGCAAUGAGGACACACAUGCGACUGACCUAUGGAAUACAGGGCACAAUAUGCAAUGAUGCUUUGAUGACCUGUUGCUGUGGAAUAUUUGAAACAUGUCGAAUGACCAGAGAAAUUCGUGUCAGGAAUGGAGAGGCCUAGUUACUGUCUUUACUAAUAACUGUUUCAGUCUUAAGAUUUUUUUUCAAAAUAUUUUUUUAAAGCAUUCAAAUUCAUUGAAAUCAACACAUCAUUUAUUACAUUUCUCUUUAUUGUUAAAGGCAGGAGAAUUAAAACCAGGAUAGAAUUCAUAAACAUAAAUUUUUUUGGAAAUAAAAAGCGUGACCAAUACUGUUUACUUGGUCAACAAAAAGUGUUACCUUACAUUAUUGCAGUUUAAAAGUCUUGAAUUUGUGUAAAUUCUUGUAAUGUUCAUUAAUACAUUGUAUGUUUUGCUGUACAAUUUUGCUGUAAUGCUCAAAAUGUGCCAACCUGCAGCAUUAAUAUGUAACUGUACAGAAGCUGUGUGUCAUAUAUUUAAUAAUCACCCAAGCACAGUACAGUGGAAUUAAUCAUAUAGCCUACCUAAUCAUAUUAAAUAAAACGACACAAUUUUUACGCUA